AUGACAGAGGUUGACACCGACUUUGGUUACUCGAAAGGGAAAGAGAACAGUGACGAUGAUUCACCACCAGCGCAGUCUCAGGAACAGGAAGGUUCUCGCACUUUGUCUUACAACAAAAUCGAAGAAAGGGACAAACGAAAAAUGGAAUGGGUGCUGAGCAAUACUGGCGAUUUGCUUGGAGAAGAAUCCGAAGAACUAGGGAAAAUGUCCGAACGGUCAGUGCUAUUGACUCUUGAUCUGAUGAGGGUCUGGUCGAAACGAGCUAUCAAAAGGGAGUCCAAGGCAGCCCAUGUUGUGGAACGAUUGCUGCAAAAACUACUGAAGGAGAAAGACGCCGGAAAUGAACGAUUGAAAAUCAAUACAGCCGUCUAUAAUAUUGUUCUGGAGAGCUGGGCAAAUUCGCGAGAAGAAGGCAGCGCGGAACGUAGUGAAGAAAUCCUCAUGGAGAUGGAGCGAAUGUACAAUCAAGGCAACCGCGAUGUCCUACCAAAUGAAGCAAGCUACAAUGCAGUAAUCAAAGCAUAUGUCAAGAAUGGCGGUCGAGCAAUUGCUCCACCAAAGGUUACAGCGUUAGUGAAUCGAAUGGAGCGAUCCAAUAUUGUGUCGCCUACUCGUCGAAGUUACAAUCUGCUACUGUAUUGCUUGGCAAAAUCCAAUUUGGAGGACGCAGCCCCGCGGGCUGAGGAUAUCCUUCAUAGAAUGCUCCAACAGUAUCUCGAGACAGAUAAUAUGACGACGAAGCCUGAUAUCAACUCAUACAACCAGUUAUUGGGAGCAUGGGCUAGAGGACGCAACGAGGGCUAUGAAGAGAGGAUGCAAACCAUCUACGAAGAGAUCCUCGACCUUCCUCCUGAUAUGCAUAUCACACCAACCGUGGAUACAUUCAACACCGCCAUGAGUGGCUGGUUGAAAUCGGAGCAGCCUUCGGCACUGAGCAAAAUAGAACAGAUACUUGAGACAAUGGAAACGAGUUUCAAAGAAGGGAACAGAAAUGCGAGACCUGAUAGAGUGACAAUAAAUACAAUCUGUGCUGCAUUUGCCAAGACACAAGGUACUGGAGCAAUGGGGAAUGCAAUGAAGCUCCGCGCGUCCCUUGAAAAGGAGUAUGACAUCACGCCUGACGUUGUCAGCUAUAAUAUUAUUGUUGAUAGCUGGUGCAAAUCUGGCCGAAAAGACUCGCCAGAACAAGCUAUAGAAAUUCUGAACGCAAUGGAAAAUGAUUUUAAGGAUGGGAAAAUUUCGCAUGCACCAGACGGCUACACAUACAGUUCCGUUAUCGGAUGCUUCGCCAACUUUCGCAGACCAGAUGCUGCAGAAAAGGCAGAAGAAUUGUUGAAACGAAUGAAGGAUCUUUGGCAUAAUUUUGGAGGGGAACCACUCUCAGCAUCCGUAUAUAAUGCAGUUAUCAACGCUUGGGCUAGCUCGCCUUCACUGGAAUCGUCAGAGAGAGUAAAGGAAUUGCUAAAUGAAAUGGAUGAGAACCAUGCUACCGAUCCGUCUUUGCCAGCGCCAAAUCGUAUCACUUACAACACAGUGAUCAAGGCUAUGAGAGAUGGCAGUGGAGAUGAUGCAGCUUUUGCUGAGAAAAUCCUUUACCUGCUUGAAUCGAAGGGUGCAGUACAGAGUGCCUUCUUACCAGACUCGUACUCGUACACUUCCGUGGUUUCGGCCUACGGGAGAUCGGACGCAAAGAACAAAGCAGAGAAGGCUUUGGAGAUUAUCGAAAGGAUGCUAUUGGCGACGGAAAAUGGAAAUAUUGCUGCAAACCCUACUGUACACUCGUUCAAUGCGGCUUUGAAUGCAUGUGCUUUUGUAAAGGGUGAUGAGAAAGCAAAAGAGGUAGCUUUUGACAUUGCCAUGAAAAUAUUCGAGUUAUUGCAAGUGCACGACGCGCCAGACCAUACCUCCUAUGGUACCGUGCUCCGCGCCUGUUCAGUGUUAUUGCCUUCUCAAAAGGAGCGAAGGGAAGCUCUGGUAGACGAAUUCUUCAAAGAAGCAUGCCUGAAGGGAUGCGUUGGUCGGCUGGUACUCACUCAAAUGCAGUUUGCAUCAUCACCAGAGCAAUAUGCCCGAUUGCUUGGUCAUGACCAAAUUGAUAAGAUCACCGUUCGGGAUGUUCCAAGAUCAUGGACCCAAAAUGUGCGCGAAAAAGUACGAGGGUCGACGAUUUGA